GCGUGGCGUACGGACACGCUUCGAGAUUGUGGGUCGAGUCGAGGAGUCCCUAUUAAACUAACAAAUUAAUUGGACAAAGGCUCUCCGAGCGUCGGGUUACGGUUGCGUUUUCAUUUUCGGCGACAUUUAAAAUGAGUGCCCUCAUAUUUCUGUGUGCCAUUCUCAUUGGUUUUGUGAUUUAUUCACUCAUCAGCUCAGUAAGACGACCUAAGAAUUUUCCCCCAGGACCGCGUUUUGUGCCUUGGCUAGGGAAUACAUUGCAGUUCCGUAAGGAGGCCCGCGCCCUUGGUGGUCAGCACAUUCUAUUCGAACGAUGGUCUAAGGACUAUAAAAGCAAACUGCUGGGCUUGAAAUUAGGCAGGGAGUUUGUGGUAGUGGCGCUGGGACACGAGAUGGUGAAGGAGGUGCAGCUGCAAGAGGUGUUUGAGGGACGGCCGGACAAUUUCUUCCUGCGCCUGCGCACAAUGGGCACACGCAAAGGGAUCACCUGCACGGACGGACAGCUGUGGUACGAGCACCGUCACUUUGCCAUGAAGCAGAUGCGUCACGUGGGCUAUGGUCGCAGCCAGAUGGAGCAGCAUAUCGAGCGGGAGGCAGAGGAGCUGCUGAACCAGCUGGAGCGGACAGAUGAGCAACCGAUCGAACCGGUCACCUGGUUGGCCCAGAGUGUCCUGAACGUCCUGUGGUGCCUAAUUGCCGGCAAGAGGAUCGUCAGCGAGGAAGACAGCACGCUGAGCCGGCUGCUCGACCUGAUGAACCGACGCUCCAAGCUCUUCGACAUCUGCGGUGGAUUGCUGGCCCAGUUCCCCUGGCUACGCCACUUGGCGCCGGAUCGCACGGGCUACAACCUUAUCCGCCAGUUGAAUACGGAGCUAUAUGGUUUCUUCAUGGACACCAUCGAGGAGCACCGGCGACAGCUGACGAAGGAUCCCGCACCGGCCGACAGCGACCUCAUCUACGCCUACCUCCAGGAGAUGAAGGACAGGAGUGCGAGUGGGGAGAGCAGCAGCACCUUCAACGAGACGCAGCUGGUGAUGACCAUCCUCGACUUCUUCAUUGCCGGCUCCCAGACCACCAGCAACACGAUUAAUCUGGCUCUCAUGGUGCUUGCCAUGCGGCCGGAUGUCCAGGAGAAGCUAUACACUGAGCUCACCGGUAGCGUUGCCACCGCCACCGCAGGGGAUGCGUUUCCUCACCUCAGCAAGCGGGAAUCCGUCGACUACAUGGAUGCCUUUAUUAUGGAGGUUCAAAGAUUCUUUCACAUCACCCCGAUCACUGGGCCGCGAAGGGCUCUGUGGCCCACCAAACUGGGUGGCUACGACAUUCCAAAGAAUGCCACCAUUUUGAUUGGACUGCGUUCCGUGCAUCUGGACAAAGAUCAUUGGGGGGACCCGCUGGAGUUCCGUCCGGAGCGUUUUAUCGAUUCAGCUGGAAAGUGCUUCAAGGAUGAAUACUUUAUGCCUUUUGGAAUGGGUAGGCGCCGUUGCCUGGGCGAUGCUUUGGCCCGCGCAUGCAUCUUCUCUUUCCUGGUGCGAAUUGUGCAACAUUUCCGUAUCGUCUUGCCGGCAGGAGAGACUCCCUCGAUGGUUCUACUGCCCGGGAUCACGCUGACGCCAAAGCCCUACAAGGUGCAGUUCGUCAAGCGAUCUUAAGGGUUGUGGGAUCGGAAUCUAGGCUAUAAUGGGUAUACUGUACAGUUUGAGAAAUACUUGAAUAAAAAGAAUUCAUGAAA